AAGAAGCCGCCCGGUUGUUUCUUUUCAUUCGUUGAACAUGGAAACCAAAAUAGAGCCAUUUAAAAGGUUUUUUUGCUCUUUUCCCGACUGCUCGGUUACCUACAACAGACAGUGGAAAUUGGACGCCCACUUGUGCAAACACACUGGAGUUCGGCCCCACGCGUGUCAACACGAGGGUUGCGGCAAGUCCUUCUCCACGCCGUACCACCUGGCCCGGCACGAGCUCAGCCACAGCGGCGAGAAGCCCUUCCCCUGCUCCGUGGACGGCUGCACGGAGGCUUUCACCACCAGCGCCAACCGGAGCAGACAUGUCGGCCGCGCGCACGGACAGGAGCAGAAGAAAUAUGGCUGUAAGUUUCAGGGCUGCGGCCUCGAGUUCAAGAAGAACAAGCAGCUGAAGGCCCACAUGUGUGAGCAGCACACGCAGCUGCCUCCUUACCAAUGUACCUACGAGGGCUGCCAUAUGCGAUUUCCCACCCCGAGUAAGCUGAAGAGACACGAGAAGGUCCACAAAGGUUACCCCUGCGAAGAGGAGGACUGCUCCUUCACAGGAAAGACCUGGACAGACCUCCUGAAGCACAGGAAGGAGCAGCACAGGGUGGCCCUGAAGUGCAAGCACUGCAGCAAAGUGUUCAGAGACUCCUGGUUCCUUGAGCAGCACCAGGACGUCCACUCUGACACUAGAGUGGUCUUCAAGUGUCCCAGGGAGGGCUGCAGCCGGUCCUACACCACCAUGUUCAACCUGCAGAGCCACAUUGGCUCCUUCCAUGAGAACCUGCGUCCAUUUGUCUGCACCCACGGCGGCUGCGGGAGGGCGUUUGCCAUGAAGCAAAGUCUCCAGCGCCACAGUGUCGUUCACAACCCAGAAGGGAAGAAACCGAAGAAGCAGAGACCAAGAAGAUCUGUUGCGUCCAGAUUGAGCGGUUAUAAUGAAGCUAAGAGAGUGGUGUACAAAAAGCACAGAGAACCCGUCCCAAAGUCUGGGGCUUUGGAAAACAAAGCAGAGCAGCCUGGUCCUGUUGUGCUGGUGUCCCUUCUGCAGGACACGUCUUUGAUGUGUGGCCCUGCUGUGGACACACAUGAACUCAAUGCCAUAGCUGCUCCUUUAACAGCGGAGUUGCCUUGAGAGUUUCAUGCUAGAACUGCAAAGAUACAGAGGGCACAGUAUUAUGUUUGGAUUGUGUGCAGGUUCAUAUGGAGAAUGAAAGGAAAUGUGUUCUAAAUACAAGUUUUAAAUGAAUAUUCAUCUACCUGUCUCUGGGAGUUAUGUUUCUAAAGCCAUGUAAUACAUUUGUUCAGUGUACAUAAAAAAAUAUGAGCUGGACCUCAUCUCUUCUGCCUCUCUGGGCAAACAAAUGCACUUUCCAUUUUCUUCUGUAAAGAAAAAUGUGUCCCAAUUAAAAUGAA